AUGCAAAACAACCAUACCGACAGCAUUACCAACGAACACGUCUCGAUGGCAACUUCCCCCUCCUCCUCUUCCUUCUCACUCAGCAACACGAACACCAACACACCCGAUUCCUCAGCAUCAAAGGCCGGGGACCCACACCACCCACAGCGUCUCCAGAAGACCUUCUUCAUUGAAAAACAAGACGACGAUAACGAACAAGAGCAAGAGCAGCGUCUGGAUCUCGAUAUGGCCGAGACGAUGAUGACCAUGAUGCAAGGCAACAACUCCAGCCGAUCAACAAGAAGUACCAGCAACAACAACAACAACAACAACAACAACAACAGCAACAAAAACAACAUUAACACUUUUGAGCCCUUCGACCAGCAGCAACAACAACAUCAGCAAACCAACGAAGGCGACAGUGAGAACAACAGCUUGAGCAGCUACGACUUGGGCACUGACGACGGAAAUAUCGAUAACAAACAAGACACCACUGCCACCCCUCUCACGCCCUCGCAACGCCUGACGCCACAGCAACCAACACAUCUGCAGCAUCAGCAGCAGCCACAUGUGCAUAUGCAACAGCCUGCUCCUCCGAUCACAACAGAAUCAGCAACAACAACAGAAUCAGCAACAGCCACAGCUGAGAGGCUCAAGAAACGACGCAUCUCACUCCCUCCAACCUCCUCCCUCCCUCCAACCUCCUCCCUGCUGCAAAACUCACAUGCGACACAACGCCGACGAUCAUCCACUACCUCGUGGGCACACGGCGAGAACGGAGCCCCAUGGUCGCCUUGGUCUCGAUGGCGUGUGGUUCUCAAGCUCCUCUAUGCUGUCGUUGUCCCUGCUGUGAUCAUAUAUCUCCUCAAAAACAUGGACGAGCAAGUCGCCUCUCGACGGAAUCAGCAACAGCAGAACAAUCGAUAUUUCCAGCGUUCGGGGCCCGGAGAGGGAGGAGAUAAGGUGUCGUUGUGGGGGCAUCAUCGUAUGACAG